AUGGAAAGCCAAACAGAAACUAUCAAGAUGGAUAUUGGCCCCUCUCCGUCAUUUCCAAUGGAAAGAAAGGUUCACAUCCAGAUAAGCGGGAGACAGAUCAUCCAAACCAAACUGAGGAAGAGCUGUUCCUGCACCACUAAGAGACUGAAGAACGUAGUCACGGACUUCUUCCCUGUGUUACGAUGGCUUCCCAAGUACCACUGCAGAGAAUACAUAUGGGGGGACGUUAUGUCCGGGGUGGUGAUUGGGAUCAUUUUGGUACCCCAAGCCAUAGCGUAUUCUCUGCUAGCCGGUCUGAAGCCUAUUUAUAGCCUUUACACGUCAUUCUUUGCCAACAUAAUUUAUUUCCUGAUGGGCACCUCUCGCCACGUGUCUGUUGGCAUUUUCAGCCUGUUAAGUUUAAUGGUAGGGCAAGUUGUGGACAGAGAGCUGCUCUUGGCAGGGUUUGACCUGAACGAUGAUGAUGACGCCAUCAGCAACAGCUACGAAUGGAACGGCAACAAUUCUAAUGUAACCGCCUUCAACCUUACCCUGGGGGGGUUGAGCGCUGAGUGUGGGAAAGACUGUUAUGCUAUUGGAGUUGCUACAGCCUUGACUUUUCUGGCUGGAUUUUAUCAGGUUCUGAUGGGAGUCUUUCGUCUAGGCUUUGUCUCUAUGUAUCUUUCAGAGUCUGUGCUUGAUGGAUUUGCAACUGGUGCUUCUUUAACCAUUUUAACAGCCCAAGUUAAGUACCUUAUUGGAAUAAAAAUCCCACGCAGCCAAGGGCAUGGGAUCCUCUUAACGACCUGGAUUAAUAUUUUUCGAAACAUUUCUCAGGCUAACCAGUGCGAUGUAAUCACGAGCGUGGUUUGCAUUGCGGUGCUAGUUGCUGCGAAAGAACUGGGAGAUCGGUACAAGCAGAAGCUGAAAAUCCCACUGCCCACAGAGCUGGUGGUUAUUGUUGUGGCUACGCUGGUUUCACACUAUGGGAAGCUGAAUGAAGUUUACGCAUCCAGUGUUUCGGGGGCAAUUCCAACUGGAUUUAUUCCCCCUCAGCUGCCAAAUUUUAACAUGAUGCAUCGCGUGGCUCUAGAUGCUGUUCCCCUUGCCAUAGUUGGCUUUGCAUUUACAAUCUCCCUCUCAGAAAUGUUCGCCAAGAAAUAUGCCUACACUGUCAGAGCCAAUCAGGAAAUGUUUGCCAUAGGAUUCUGUAACAUUAUCCCAUCCUUUUUCCAUUGUUUCGCAACCAGUGCAGCUCUUGCAAAAACGCUUGUGAAAUCUUCUACGGGCUGCCAGACGCAGGUCUCUAGUGUUAUCAGCGCAGUGGUAGUGCUUCUGGUGCUGCUCUUCCUCGCUCCGCUGUUUUAUUCUUUGCAAAAAUGUGUUUUGGCUUGCAUCAUAAUAGUCAGUCUCCGAGGAGCCCUUCGGAAGUUUCGAGACGUGCCCCAGCGAUAUCACAUGAACAAAGUGGACACUCUGGUCUGGUGCGUUACUGUGUUCUCAUCUGCCCUGAUCAGCACAGAAAUGGGGCUUUUGAUUGGGGUCCUCUUUUCCAUGCUGUGCAUCGUUGUUCGUACGCAGCGACCCCGUACUGCCCUGCUUGGUCAGAUCCAGAGCACUGCCUUCUAUGAAGACGACUGGGAAUAUGAAAGUCUCUGUCCUGUUCCAAAUGCCAAAAUAUUUCGUUUUGAGGCACCACUUUACUAUGCAAAUAAAGACUUUUUUCUGAAGUCUCUCUACAGAAUGACUGGGUUAGAUCCUACUCUGGAAGCUGCUAAAAGGAAAAAGAAUGAGAAGAAGCAAAAAGAGCAUUUGAAAGAGGGAAACAGAGGCACAAUUGUUAAGGGAUCGGAUCAGGCAGAUACAGCCUUACACCUGGUCCCUAAACAAGUAGAUUUCCAGACCAUCAUCAUAGACUGUUCCUCAGUCACUUUUCUGGACACAGCUGGUAUAAUCACAUUAAAGGAAAUACUGAAAGAUUACAACGAGCUAAAAAUCACUGUUCUUCUGGCUUGCUGCAACCCCUCAGUGAUUGACUCUCUGAAAAGAGGGGACUACUUUGGGAAGGAUUGCAAAAAGAUGCACGAAUUGCUGUUCUAUAGCAUUCACAGUGCUGUGCAGUUUGCCAGAGACAGAAAGCUUUUGGCAGAUGGCUCUGCUGUUUAG